AUGGUAAAGACACGAAAAUUUGUGGAGGGAGAUAGUACCUUAGCAACAAAAGUUGUUUGGGAUGAUGAGCUGACGUUGAUAUUUUGUGAGCUUUGCGUGAAUGAAGUCAAUGCUGGUAAUAGACCAACAACUCAUCUAAACUCAAAAGGAUGGGAAAAUGUCGUUGCUCUUUUUCAAGCAAAAACACAAAAAAAUUAUGGAAAACCUCAAUUGAAAAACAAGUGGGAUACAUUAAAAAAGGAAUGGAGGUUAUGGAGGGAGUUGCUUAAGGAAUCUCUGGAAAAUCCUGAUUUUAAAGGAUUUAAGAAGAAAGGAAUUGAACCACGAUUGAAUGAUUUAAUGUGGCAAAUGUUUGGUGGCAUUGUAGCCACUGGAGAGAAUGCAUGGGCACCUUCGUCUGGUGUUCUUCCAAGUGAGGUUCCUAUGGGAGAUGAUACACCUAAUGAGGGAUUUGGUGAUUCAGAUGAAAAUAGUAAUGAGAAUGAAAGUAUCCUUCCUAAUGAGGUACCAUCAAACCCUCCUCGUGAAACUCCUAAUCGAAGAAAGGAAACACUUGGGGUUGUACACGGUAAAGGAAAAAAAUCAAGUUCAAGUAGAAAAUCAUCAAGAGAUUCAUUGGCUACUCAUAUUGAGAAAUUGUGUGAGAGUAUGGCUAGUCCAAGGAAGCCAUGGGACUCAGAUGCUAGAGGUAUCUUCACCGAGAGAUAUGGAGACAUAGCCAACUUGAUUGCUGUCAGCGUAGACGAACAAUUGAUCCAAAGCCAUGGUCAGAUUUUGGGAUCCGGCUUACACAUGUUUUAUCUUCAACCAAGAAGAUAUGACUCGACUAUAGAGGUAUCUUUGCUUUGCUUUUCGUGUCGAUAA